CCCACAUUCCGGCGUGCCUACGAUAAGAGGUGCUCCAGACAGGAGAUCGUUGAACCCGCGCCUGUCUGCGCGAUCGGUGGCUCUGCGCUCAGCGCCCCUGGGAAAGUGUUUGCUCUCGAUAAUUCUGCGCUCUGCGUCUCGCCUGUGUUCACAAUGAAUGGCUGCCUGUAGCGAGAGCGAAGGAGAGAAGGCUUCUGACUCCUCCAUUGAAACACUUUCCAACAGAUUAACGUGAGGGGACCCUGUAGUUUGUGGGCUAUGGCUCAGACGCUGCAGAUGGCCAUCCCCAACUUCGGCAACAACGUCCUCGAGUGUCUGAACGAGCAGCGUCUGCAGGGGCUCUACUGCGACGUGUCGGUGGUGGUCAAGGGCCACGCCUUCAAGGCGCACCGGGCCGUGCUGGCCGCCAGCAGCUCCUACUUCCGUGACCUGUUCAACGCCAGCGGGGCGGACAGUGGCGGCGGCACCAAAGGCGGCGGCGGUGGCGUGGUGGUGGAGCUGCCGCCCGCGGUCCAGCCACAGAGCUUCCAGCAGAUCCUGUCCUUCUGCUACACGGGCCGCCUGAGCAUGAACGUGGGCGACCAGUUCCUGCUCAUGUACACGGCGGGCUUCCUGCAGAUCCAGCAGAUCAUGGAGAAGGGCACCGAGUUCUUCCUGAAGGUCAGCUCGCCCAGCUGCGACUCGCAGGGCCUGCACGCCGAGGAGACCCCGCCGUCCGAGCCGCAGAGUCCCGUCACCGGGGCAGGAGGGGCGGGAGCCACGGUGCGGCCAGCCUCGUGCCUCACGCCGUUACCGCUGGUGAGCCGGGUGAAGACGGAGCAACCUCAACCUCAACCUCAACCUCAGACCCAGCAACAGCAGCCUCAACAUCAUCAUCAUCAUCAUCAUCAACAACAACAACAACAAGCACCUCCACCACAACAGCAGCAGCAGCAGCAGGAGCCCAAUGCCUACUCAGUGGUCUGCACCCCGGUGGCCAAGCGGCUUUGGGAGGGGAGCAGCCGAGACGGCGGCGGGGGUUCGGGCGGAGGAGGGGCCGCGGGGAUGAGGAAGGCCGCCCGCUUCUCCCAGGAGUCGGCGUCGUCCAGGGGCGGCAGUGGCGGGGGACUGGGAACUGGAGGAGCCUCCAGCCAGAGCGUAGUGGGCAACAACAGCAACAACAACAGCGGCUCCAACAGCAACAACAACAACAACAACAACAGCAGCAGCAGCGGUCACCCGUCGGAGGGCACCAGCCCGGGCGCACUCAGCAUCUACACCAGCGACUCGCCCAUCUCCUACCACGACGAGGAAGAGGAGGAGGAGAUGACGGACGACGCCGAGGAGCAGUACCGGCAGAUCUGCAACAUGUACACCAUGUACAGCAUGCUGAACGUGGGCGCCGCCGGGGAAGAGCUCAGGGGAUGGAUGGAGGGGUGGAGAGAGAGAGAGGUAGCAAACGAGCGCGUGGACGCCCUGCCUGAGCACCUGACCCCGGACACGCGGGGUCGUGUGCGUGUGCGGCAGGAGCUGGCGUCGCUGCCCGCCGAGCUCAUCGCCCAGAUCGGCAACCGCUGCCACCCCAAGCUGUACGAGGAGGGCGACCCGGCGGAGAAGCUGGAGCUGGUGUCUGGCACCAGCGUGUUCAUCUCCCGCGCCCAGCUCAUGAACUGCCACGUCAGCGCAGGCACGCGCCACAAAGUGCUGCUGCGCCGCCUGCUCGCCUCCUUCUUUGACAGGAGCACCCUGGCCAACAGCUGUGGGACUGGCAUCCGCUCCUCCACCAACGACCCCAGCCGCAAGCCUCUGGACAGUCGGGUGCUUCAUGCAGUCAAGUUCUACUGCCAGAACUUUGCGCCCACCUUCAAGGAGAGCGAGAUGAAUGCCAUCGCGGCGGACAUGUGCACCAACGCGCGCCGCGUGGUGCGCAAGAGCUGGAUCCCCAAGCUGAAGCUGCUGAUGGCGGACAGCGAGGCCUACGCCAGCUUCCUGCCCGAGGGCCUCAAGCUGGAGGCCGACGCCCUGGCCGCCGAGCACGGCCUGGAAGCGGCCACCGCCGCCACUCUGGAUGGAGCUGAGCCGGGGCCGUCCUCGGCCGACGCACUGCAAGGCGAGGCGGGGGACGCGGGCACGCUGUUCUGA